AUGGGGUCUCAGGUGUUAGGGAUCCCCUGCAAGGACAGACCACAAGGCACCCAGGAGCGGGAGAGGAUGUCUGUUACGGUCGUAAACUUCCAGCGGCUUCGGGUGAAAGCUCUGCCCUGGGCUGUAGGGAUUCACUACAUUCGUGACGUCACCCGGAUAAGGCUGGAGGAAGCGGCCUCUGACAUGGCGGAUCUUGGCUCUGGGGCUUCGCUAGAGGAAUUCCUGCACAUAAAGGAGCCCACGGAAGUCCCCCCGAAGAUCCUGGAGCAGAAGCAGCCGAGGAGGCGCCGCCGCCGCCACCGCCGCCGCUCCGACAGUUUCGUCACCUAUUUCCCCAGGGUUCUGAAGAUUUUUCACCAGGACCUGAGCCUGUCUCAGAAGGCCCUGAGAGUCAUGGAUUCAUUCGUGAAAGACAUGUUCCAGCGCAUCGCCGAAGAGGCCUCGCGCCUGGCCCGCAAAACCCGGCGCGCCACCAUGACCUCCAGAGACAUCCAGACGGCCGUGCGCCUGCUCCUGCUCGGGGAGUUGGGCAAGCACGCCGUGUCCGAGGGCACCAAGGCCAUCCUCCGAAGUUCGUUAUGUCUGAUAUGACAACGGAUGAAGUGCAGAAGCAGAUACAAGAAUCCAUCUGUCUUCUGUCAGGCCGGAUAG